GGCUGGCAAAACACAUUUUGAUUUCACCGGUCGGUUGCGACUUCAAUUCCUAUUAGUGGUGCAAGUUGUUUACCCAAUAAGUUUUUUUUAAGUGAUCAAAUAUCUCUGAGUAAUCCUUACUUUGCGUUUAAGCAAAUUUACAUUGAAGGACAAUGAACGCGCCACAGUUAAACGUACAAAUGGAGUAUCUAGAACUGGCGGGAAAUAUGCUUGACCGUCAUGACAAUCAUGAUGCCACUGCUCCAGGACUGUUGGAGGUUACAGGAAUCACUCAACAUGGAAUGGCUACGGUCAGUGGAUUGAACGAUUACGACUACCAGAAUAUCUCCAGUUUGUCCUUAGGACAUAAGAAGCUGGACCAACUGAGGACAGUGAGCAAGGCUCCUAUUCCGCCAGAAGUAUUAGAACAUUUUAAAAAUAUAAAAUGUCAUUGCAUGAUGGGUUUAUUUCCUGAAAUCGGCCGAGCCUGGCUAACAAUUGACUCUGAUAUAUACAUAUGGACUUACGAACAAACUCGAGACGUAGCCUAUUAUGAUGGUCUCAACCACCUUAUCGUCAGCGUUGGAUUAGUAACACCAAAGCCUGGGGUUUUUAUAUCAGAUGUAAAAUAUUUACUGAUAUUGACAACUCCUGUAGAAAUUGUUGUUUUAGGCGUUACCUUCGGCGAUACAACCAAAACAAUAUCAUCACCAAUUCAUUCUGCAAAUACAACCACAACUUACGAGGAAAUGCAACUGAUGAAUAAGCCAAUAUUUAUCCUGAACACGGACAACGUCUCUAUAUCGACGAUCGAGGGAAGUGCUGAUGGGCGAAUUUUCCUGGGAGGCCGGGACGGUUUUUUGUACGAAAUACAUUAUCAAGCGGCAUCAAGUUGGUUCGGGAAACGAUGCAAAAAAAUCAACCAUUCACAAGGACUCAUUUCGUAUAUGGUUCCUGGUUUUUUGAAAGUUUUCUCUGAUACGGAUCCAAUAGUUCGGAUAUCUAUCGAUAAUAGUCGACAUUUAUUAUACGUUUUAACAGAAAAAGGUUCGAUAGAAGCUUGGGAUAUGGGAGAGGAUUGCAAUUCUACUCGACGACUGGCUCGAGUGUCGCAGAACGAUAUUGCUUUUCAAGCAAGCAAUAUAAUCAAAACUGUUGACUCAACAGUUUUCAAACCAAUUAAAGCAAUUUGUGCUUUGACAGUGAACGACUGUCCAAACAUACAUUUAAUAUGUGUUACUCAGUGUGGGGUUCGUCUAUAUUUUUCCACGACCCCUCUUCAUGUAGCACCGCAAACGACACAACAAAUAGGUGGAGUGGCUGCUACUUUUGACAGCGUUCGACCUCAAGGGUUGUAUUUAUUGCAUGUGCGACUCCCACCAGGAUAUACCCCGAAUACGACAGUUGGUAAACCAAAACAGGUUCAUAGUGCAUAUUACAACAAAGGGACAUUACUGAUGGUAUCAACGCCUCAACAAGAUCAGGACAUGCUUUGGUCGAUAAGCUCUGAGCCAUUUCCAAACCGGCCAUACUUAGCAGAGUCAGCUACAGUCCUCCCGUUAGAUGGGAUGGUUUGGGGACUAGCAGAAAUGAAACCAAAGUCAAAAGCGACUAUUAACAGCGUAUUACGACAUGCACAAAUCCCUAAAAAAGUUGUUCUAUUAACAAAUCAAGGUGCCCACAUUAUUAGUCUCCUAAAAUCAGCCGAUAUCCUGCAACAAUUACUUGUUGCUUGUCAUGGUCCCCACCACGAAGCCGUCAAGGGUUACUUCCAGGCUCAAACGCAAUCUGAAGCGUGUGCAACUGCACUUCUAUUAGCGUGUAUGCCUCCUUAUCGAGGAACAGAUGUUGCAUUGUGGGCAGCACAAGCAUUCAUGCUUUAUGGCGGCGAACCUUCCAUAGGAGCCCAAUAUUUAGGCAGUCAGUUCGCACCGGGUCAAAGAACUUUUCUCUCAUCACCAGGCGGUCCACUAUCCGAUCGGAAUUCUCCACAAAUUUUUAUGUCGACUCCAUUCUCAACAAGAGGGAAUAUGCCGAGUAACUUGCAGCAAUCGGCUAUCUCUCCCUACCAGUUCAGUCCGAGUAAGUUUUUGGGGUUGUUACGUUUCCACUUUCAAUACGUUUUUGUUAUUAUAGCUGCAACUGGAUCUCACACAUUUCAACAAAACCCAACAGACGCUUCCAAUAUCAAUUAUUCAGCUAAGCAUUCUGGUUUGUAUUUGUACGUGGCUCGAUUACUGCGCCCAAUCUGGAGGAAGCGUUGUAUUGACGCGAAUCUGUGCAGUACAAUAACACAGGCUGAUUGCACGGAAAUUUUGGAGGAUUUGUAUGCAGUCAAAGGAUUUCUGGAAGCUAAUUCAGUCAGUGAUAUUUCAAAUUUGCUUUAUGGACAUAGUGAUCAAACUAGUCUUAUCAACGGAUACAGCCACUUGACACAGCCUUUCGGUGAACAAAAAUCAACGGCGGAGCAGGCUCAAGCUGAGGAGAAACGUUCGUUAACUGCGUUGAAUUUCUUUAUAAAACACACUUAUGAAGUCAUUUCUCUCUGGAAAAUUCUCUGCGAACAUCAAUUCCAACUUUUAGUCAACGAUCUGGCCAAAGAACAACAAAACAUUCUAAUUUCAUGCACUUUUCGUGAUCUGACUUUAUCUCGCGCUGAUACAUGUGCGCAUUUGAUCGUGAACUUGAUAAACUCAUAUUUAAAUGAUAAUGCCAGUGUCAGUUCGAUAUCUUCAAAACUUCGGGAUGUUUGUCCGAAUCUAUAUAGACAUGAGGACGCUGUUUCGCAUAAGGCUACGGAAAUACUGAUGCUUUCGAAAGGGGUUACAGUUAACGAAGAGAAGGAGGAAAGGUUGAGAACGGCUCUUCAGCUUUGUAAAGAUGCAGCACCAAACUUGCCGCUUUCAAGUAUUUGUCAACAGUUCACUUCAUCUGGGUUUUACCAAGGAGUCAUAGAACUCACAACUACUUGUGCCGCCAAACUAGAUCCUAAGGAAGCCGCCAUUCACUAUUAUAGGAACAAUGAACCGAACGAAGACCAAGAAGGCUACAUUGCUUUCACUGCAAGAAUGAAUUGCUACAAAGAAGUCCGACAAAUGCUUGACACGGUUUACCAGAACCUAUGCAGUGCCUCGUCAUCCGCCGAGUUAAAAUUUUCUUCAGAUGCCAUAGAAAAAGAUAUUCAAAUGAAAAUUAUGCAUAUCGUUUCAACCGCUAUACAAUCAUCAGAUCCACUACUUCAUGUUGUCGUUUACGAAUGGCUUCUUUCCCACAAUCUUCUCUCUGAGCUAUUGGCACUGACAGAACCUUCACUAGGCGAAUUCUUCCGAAGAUCAGUAGUUAGGAAUCCAGAAAAUCUUCAGCUGACCGAUCUGCUUUGGAAAUAUUACGAGAAAAAUGGCCAACAUGCGGCUGCAGCGAAAAUACUAGACAAUUUAGCCUCCUUACAGACGAAUUCGCUUACGUUGGUGCAGAGGAUAGAGUAUCUGGCGCGGGCUGUGAUGUGUAUGAGGAACGAUCAUGUUGGAUAUUCAGUGCAUAAUGGGGUUCUGUUGAAGGAUUUGGAGGAUAAGUUGGAAAUCGCUCGGGUACAAAAAGUCAUUCUCGAUGCAAUAUCCACGAUGACAGACAACAGUGCGGCACGCCAGGCUGCAGUUAGUCUAAAUUACACUCUUUACAAUAUGACACAGUUGUAUUCCGAUUUCGCUGAACCAUUCGAUCUAUGGGAAUGCAAAUUAGUCAUCCUCAACUGUUCACACCACAAUGACCCCAUUCUGAUUGAAUCGGUUUGGACGCAGAUCAUUAAUAGAGAAAUUGAACAAAUUGGAUCGCCACAGGAGAAGUGUACGAAACUCUUAACGAAAGUUCAAUCGUUGGUGAAAGAAUUCGGUGAUUCGGGGCAAUGUUUCCCACUGGCGUUUCUAGUUCGAGAGCUUGAGAUUCGAUGCUGCCAGCUGAAAUUGAGUCCCGCUACUAUCCCUGAUGCAUUGGUGGGGAUGAAUUUGGAUAUUGAGUUGCUAAUUGAUUACUACGCAAGAAUGAUUUCCAUGAACGAACGAGUCUGGGCGAAUGAAGGCAAUGAAUGGCAUCUGGUGCAAGCCUCUACAAGACUGAUUACGUUACUAACGAAUAAUGCACAGCAGAUACCAAGUAGGAAUAGGAAAAGAAUUAUGGCAAAAGCACAGGAACUCAUCUCGGCGUGUUUGCAUCUAUUAUAUCCAAAGCCCCGAACGGAGCAUUUACAGCAAGUUUUAAAGGAAAUCGAAAGUCGCGUUCAACGUAUUAUGUAGUGUUUGAAAGUGUUUCUUAUUGUUACUUUAUGUAAGGUUUUUUUGUAAUAUCACUCACAUUUAAUUGUUAGUAUGAUGCGGUAAUAAAUGUAAGAUCAGUU